AUGGAUAAAGACGUUCGACGGAAGUGCGGGAAAGUGCGACGUGCUCUGUUCCACCUGCUGCUGAUAGUGGGGGGUGCGACAGGACUGACGGAGUUGACAAUCAACGUGCCGGCAAUGGUGCGAUCGGGUGACACAGUGACGCUGUCCUGCCAUUACGACCUCGAGGGAUUGCCGUUGUACACGAUACAAUGGGCCUUCGAAGAGACCGAGUUCUAUCGAUACGUUCCCGAUCGAGAUCCACCGUACAACACCUUCGACGUGGACGAUAUACACGUGAACGUGACAAAAUCGAACACACAUGAUGUGACGCUCGUCGACGUGUCCAGGAACCUGACAGGGACGUACAAGUGCGAGGUGUCGGCCGGACCUCCCUCUUACCACACUCGGAUCGCGAGGGCCAGAAUGGAGGUCGUAGACGCCCCAAAAACGGACCCGACGAUCGGGAUCGAGAAGGAGCGUAUAGCGGUGGGAGAGAUAUUCCGGGCGAAUUGCACCACCGGAAACUCGAGGCCCGCCUCCGCCAUUACGUGGAAGCUGAACGGAGAGCUAGUGGCGAACGACAGUAUGUUGUACAGGUCCAGAUACUUCGCGAUCCCACAGGACGACGAUUCGAAGGUGUCGAAGUCCACCAUAGAGUUCAAAGUGACCAGCGACAUGUUCCAAACCGGCCGAUUGCAUCUGCGUUGCACAGCGUUCAUCGCGGAUGUAUACCGAAAAUCGGCCGACAUCGAAAUCAACGAGGACGCGCCGCGUAUCGCGUCCAUAACCGGUGAAUCACCUCCACGAGGACAUCAAACGAGCAAUCGUGCUUCCCCUCUCACUUCAAUCGAUUGUUUCUUUUGUUAA